GUAUGUAUUUCAAAUAGUCAGCCUUUUCCUUUUCCUGCCGAUGUCGUCGCCGUUUUUCCCCUUUCUUUCUCCUCUCAACGUAUAUCGAAUGAUCAACUCCAUAGCAGCAGCAGCAGCAGCCGUGCAUGUAAUCUCUACUCCAAUCCACUAAGGAGCAGUAUUAUCCACCAAUCUUCUUCCUCGUUUGAUCGGAUCGGUUGAGGAGCUCGCGAGGGAUGUCGAAUUUGUACGGAGGCGAUUUCAACAACAAAAUCGAUUACGUGUUUAAAAUCGUGUUGAUUGGUGAUUCUUCGGUGGGGAAAUCGCAGCUCCUGUCGCGAUUCGCGAGGAACGAGUUUAGUUUGGAUUCUAAAGCAACUAUUGGGGUGGAGUUUCAGACGCGGACGGUUACGAUCGAUCAUAAGACUAUCAAGGCGCAGAUUUGGGAUACUGCUGGCCAGGAAAGAUACCGAGCAGUGACCAGCGCAUAUUACCGAGGAGCAGUCGGGGCAAUGCUAGUAUACGAUAUCACUAAACGCCAAUCGUUCGAUCAUGUAGCUAGGUGGCUGGAGGAACUCCGGAGCCAUGCAGACAAGAACAUCGCCAUCAUGCUCGUGGGCAACAAAUCCGACCUGGGAACUCUCCGGGACGUGCCCACUGAAGACGGCAAAGAGUUCGCCCAACAGGAGAAUCUUUUCUUCAUGGAAACCUCGGCCCUCGAGGCAACCAAUGUCGAGCCGGCUUUCCUUAAUGUCCUGACUGAAAUUUAUCGGGUUGUAAGCAAGAAGGCCCUUGUUGCAAACGAAGCUGAAUCCGGUGGGAAAGAAUCGCUUCUGAAAGGAACUGACAUCGUCGUUCCUUCUCAGGAACUGUUGUCUCCGGCUAACAGCAAGUUCAGCUGUUGUCGAUCUUCGUAAAGCUCGAUUCUUGUUUGUUAAGGUUUUAGAGGGACUGAGAGCCGCGCUAAGGACAUCAACUUUGUUGAGUUUCAUCGGCCUGAUGUUUAUCUUCUUGUCAUUGGAUGAAAUUGGUAUUUUCGUUGUGAACUUCAUAAAAUAUAACAUGGUUUAGUAAAAAAUGUAUUUAUUUUUAUCACCCUUUUCAAUAACUAAAUAUUUUUUUAUAUUUAAGUUUUAUUUUAUAAA